AUGGAGAUGGGAACCGGGCUUGGCGUCGUCGGUCUACAGUUUUCCGGGCAGCUUUCGCUUGAAGAAGUCCAGCAAGCAGCGAAGGAGCUUGGGUCGAGAUUUCCGCUCCUGCUUGCCCGAGUUGUCGGGCAGGGUAAAACUGGCGGUCCGCUUGAACUCCACUUGUGCCGUGACGCGAAACCAAUCACUGUAGUGUCCCGGAGCAUUGAUGACGUGGCAGCGUGGGAGGCUGCUGCGCCAUUGGACAACGACCCCAGCAGCCUCGAGAACGGGGAAGAGUCUGACGUGCCGAAGAAAGACCAAGAGAGUGACGCGUAUGGUGAUGCUUGUGGUGAGGGUGAGAAGUCCACGUCAGCAAUGGAAGCAGAAUUCAAGAAGUUAUCUGCAGCAGACGAUGCGGUCGAGAGGGGAGUGGAGGAGGAGGAAGAGGAGGAUGAGUUUGAGGAUGCAGAGGAUGGGGAUGGGGAUGGUGAUGGUGAUGAUGAUGAUGGUGGUGGUGAUGGUGAUGGGAAAAGUGAUGGUGAUGGUGGUAAUGGGGGCGGUGAAUUCCUAGAAGCUAGUGCAACAGAAGGUAGUGGUGGAAUCAAGGUGACCGGUAGAUUCAAGGGCGCGGACAAAGCGGAGGAUCUGCACAGAAUAGUGGAGAUGGAGUUGAAUCAGCCAAUCACAGGAGCGCAUGGGGAAGCACCCGCUGACGCCUUGCAGGUAGCUAGCAAGGGCCUUCUGAGUGGCACUGGGCUUCUCUCCUCUGUGCGUUAUCCUUCUCUUCCCUUCUGUCUCCUUAUCCGUCUCGUCCACAAGACUCAAUAUUUGGAUACACGUGUACCAUCUUCCCCAAUCCCACAGAUCCACAUGUACCAUCUCCCACGCGCCACCUGUAUCGCUCUGCGCUGCCAUCGCGCCGUGCUGGACCGCCCAGCUGUUCGCCAGCUGGCAACAGCUCUCGUUUCCGCCCUGCACCACUCUCAACCUUCAGUCACCGCUAAUCCCGCAAGGGAAUCAGAAGCCGUUCCCCUCCCGCCGCCCCUCUCCUCGCUUAUCCCCAAGCCCACUGAAACUCGCUCCUACCUCUCCAAGGGCCUCUCUCAGGCCUACGACGCUCUGGCCUAUGUGCGCAACUCCAUGGCCUCCUCCCACGCGCCCUUCCAGCCUGGCCGGGCAGACAGCAGGAAGAACGAAUUCCGCUCCUCCUUUUCCUGCUUGCACUUGGACAAGCAAGAGACUGAAAUCCUCCUUGCUGCCCUCGCCUCGCGCUCCUGCUCCCUCUUCAGCCUUGAGUGUGCCGCAGCACUCAAAGCCGUGGCGGAUGCCAAGCAGCUGGGCAGCCGCGCAGAGACGUUCAACGUCACCAGCAUCAUGAACUGCAGGCCGCUACUGGACCCACCCCUGCCACCCGACGCCAUGGGGGUGUUCACCUCGGGAUUGCCGCUGAAACAGCCAGCCAAUCAGGACCUGGAGCUCUGGGACGUGGCUCGCACUGUAGAUGCUGACCUGGCAACUGCCGUCGGGCAGAAGAAACAUUUUAUUGACAUGCCCGUGCUGGAACUGCUCUUUUCUAUGGCCAUGAAAACGCCAACGCUUUCCCCCGAGUGCUCCCUGCGCACCUCCUUCAUGUCUGCCAUCACCGAGUCACCCUUCCCCAUGGACUGGCCGUCCAAUGAGGGGCAAGGACAUGUGGAUGGGGUUGUUGGAGGAGGAAACGAGGGUUUGGCGCCUCAGCUGGAGGGGUUUGUGGGGCCGAUCUUUGCAACGCAUGGUGUCGGCCCAAGCAUAUCCGUUGGGGAUGCUCUAUGUGAUGGCGAGCUCCAUAUCUACAUUAACUUUGUGUCUCCUUUGUUUUCACAAGAGUUCAUUGCUGGGUUUGUCAAAUUAUUCCAACGAUACUUUGAGGAGGCAAUGCGCUAG